GGCAACCUUUAUUGGAUGAUACCUGGGAAGUUGGCAGGAUGCACACUCUUCAUCACGGGUGCGAGCCGGGGCAUUGGCAAAGCCAUCGCCUUGAAGGCUGCCAGGGACGGUGCCAACGUUGUCAUAGCUGCCAAGACAGCCGAGCCCCAUCGCAGCCUCCCGGGAACCAUCUACACUGCUGCCAAAGAGAUUGAAGAAGCUGGAGGAAAGGCACUGCCAUGCGUUGUAAAUGUGAGGGAGGAAGAACAAAUUAUUAAGGCUGUGGAGAAGGCUGUGAAGACUUUCGGAGGCAUUGAUAUUCUGGUGAACAAUGCAAGCGCCAUCUCUUUGUCCGGCACUUUGGAAACAGAGACAAAGAAGGCCAAUCUCAUGAUGGAUGUCAAUGUUCGAGGAACCUACCUUACGUCUAAAAUAUGCCUUCCUCACUUGAGAAAGAGUAAGAACGCCCACAUCCUGAAUCUCAGCCCACCGCUUAAUAUGAAUCCCGUCUGGUUCAAAAAUCACUGUGCUUACACCAUUUCUAAAUAUGGGAUGUCCAUGUGUGUCUUGGGAAUGGCAGAAGAAUUUAGAGGAGAAGUUGCUGUCAAUGCUUUAUGGCCUAAAACAGCCAUUUAUACAGCUGCUAUGGACAUGCUGGGAGGAAGUGGAGUAGAAAAACAGUGCAGGAAAACUGACAUCCUUGCAGAUGCUGCAUAUUGCAUCUUAACAAAACCAAAAACCUUCACUGGAAACUUUGUUAUUGAUGAAACUCUCUUGAGAGAAGAAGGAGUUAAGGACUUUGAUGUCUAUGCAAUUGCACCAGGUCACCCUCUGUUACCUGACUUCUUCUUGGAUGCUGAGCCUGAUGUGAUUGGAAUGAAACUAGAACAGCAUGGUGCUUCUCCAGUACUCAAAGAGGAAAAGAAAUCAAGUCGACCUAAACAUGAAGGACCAGAUGGAGCUAAGGUUAAUUUAGAACCUGCUUCAGCCAAGCCGCUGAGCCCUGUUGCAGAAACAUUUAGAGUUAUCCAAGGAGCAAUAACUGAAGAUUUUGUGAAGGCUAUUCAGGGCGUCUUCCUGUUUGAAUUAUCUGGUGAUGAUGGAGGCACUUGGUACAUUGACCUGAAGACCAAAGGUGGGAGCGCUGGCUCGGGCAAGCCCCCUGUGAAGGCUGAUGUGGUUAUGAGCAUGUCAAGUGCCGACUUUGUGAGGAUGUUCACAGGUAAACUAAAGCCAACCAUGGCCUUCAUGUCAGGAAAAUUAAGGAUCAGUGGUAACAUGGCAUUAGCAAUGAGGCUGGAAAAGAUGCUGGUACAGCUCAACUCCAAGCUGUAAGGGGAAAGGCUUACUAGUAGAACAUUGGCCUUUCAAAUAAAACCGUAGUGCUGUUUUGAAAUGAUAAUUCUUGCUUUGAUACAACAUAACAUGUAUAUACAAAAUGUGAAAUUUUUAUAGAAAAAAUAACUCUGAUUAAGACAAGAUGUUUGUGGUUAUACAGAUUACUUCUCUAAAAUAUACUUGCUAGGCUGCAGAUACUUCAUUUAUUCUCUCUUCCUCAGGAUUGUUUUGAGUCGUGGUUGUUGCCUUUGUGAUGAGGGGCAUCUGGAUUUUCUUACAAAUGUCAGUUUUCUGACAGGCUUAUGUAAGUGCCAUGAAGAAAGUCCUGUGCUGGUUUGGAAAUGGAAGCAAUAUUGUCACUUUAAGGAGGCUAAAUCCCUGUAUUAAAAGGCCACCUCAGUAACUCUUCUGCUUUCCAGGUUCUUGUAGCUCUGGAUUGCACUGUGCUGUGCUGCAGAGACAUACCCUGGGUGAUAUGUGAGUGUUCUCUCUGUGCAAGGGCUGUGUGCUUUCUGCCACAGGUAGKCAAAGGGCAGAGAAGUGCUGAAAAGACAGAACAAAUUUUAAUUAAUGCACCACGUAGCCUCUCACGUUAAUGUGAUUAUUCUAGCAACACUGCAUUUCUCAAUGCUGUCAGUGUUAGAAGCUGAAUUUAAGAUGAAUGUUUCAGCCAAAUUCAAUGUGCCCAGAAAAACUCUCAGAUUAUGUUGUUCGGUUUCAAAAUGUUUUUAACCCUUCAGUCACAUAGCAGUGUUUUAAAAAGGAGUAUUUUAAACAUACAAAAAAGCAUUUUUGUGACAUAUUGAAGUAACAGCACUGUUCAUCAAGGUGCACAAUUAUUAACAGUGACGAAAAUAAUAUCUUGUAGAGCAUAGUAUCAAGAGACCUAUGUUUCAUUCUUAUUUCUGCCCCUGGCCUGCUAGGUGAUCAUGGAUAAUUGUCUUUGCCUCCAGAUACCUCACUUUCUGUCUAAAAAAGAUUAUGUUUGUGCCUCUUUCUAAAAUGCACUUUUGGUAAAAGCCAUGCUUAAGCCUUGAGUGUUACUGUAAUACUAAAUGAACAACACUUUGUUUUUCU